AUGAUUAUCCAAAACAUUCUGAAAGUGAUGUUGACCCUGUCUCUGCUGAGCAGUUACGCCUCUCCCGCGAAAGGAGCACCCUGGCUCAGUCUGUGGGGAAAGGUGGCAGAUUUUUCAUCUGGAUGUAACCCCUGGAGAUUAAGGCAUUAUGUCUCCAUUCCUGCUCUGCAGGAUGUCACUGUCUGCUUCCAUCUGAAGCUUGAGGUCGAACGUUCCACUCCAUGGACAAUCUUCAUGUACCGUCAUCCUGAGAUUCAGCGUACUGAGCUGGGCUUAGGAGGAGAGAGGGGGCAUUUGGUGGUUUGGCUGUUUGGGGAAGAGUGGACCACUUCGCAGAUCAACCUCACUCUGUCCCAGUGGUACUCUGUGUGCCUCACCUGGUCCCACAUACAGACUAAACCUUCCCUAUAUGUCAAUGGCAGCCUGAUAAACAUCAAAUCCGCUCUUAACACAGAUACAUCCUUCAUCUCCCGUUCACGGCGUAAACUGUCUGCUAAUGGGUCCUUCACCCUGGGUGCAGGACAUGUGAUCACUGACGGAAGAAUCGAGACAAUUCCUUUUAGCAGCGUUUCGGGCAAAGUAUCUUUGUUUCGAAUGUGGGGGAGAGCAAGGAGCCAACAGGAAGUGACAUCACUGGGUUGCACGGAGGGGGAGCUGGUGAGAUGGGAGCUGAGCCACUGGGAGACUUGCGCAGAGUUCCGGAUGAACACAUCGUCUCCGGAUGCGCCGCUCUUAUUCUACCUUUCCAAUUACAGGUUCCAGUGCCUGGUUCACGUUAAUAUCAUCCCCGGCUUAGAUGUGGCAGCUGUGAAGCAAGAUAUGUACAUAAACCUUACAAUCCCUUACCAUGACCCCGGCGGGCGGCUGCAGCUGCUGGCCGACACAAGCAGCAUCUAUAUCACACCUGUUGAGAGUUUCUCCUCGACAACUGACGACCCUACGACCGAGGACCCUCAGUCCUCUUCCAUCUCCACCCCCACUUUCACAAACACAUCCUCCGCUACAUUAUCCCCCACCACCACCCUGAAAAUUCAAACCCCCAGCAUGUCCUUCUACACUAGUACCAUCACAGCCCCCAGUUUCACCACAAGCCCGGUAAAUAUCUCUGAGCUGUAUUUUCAGGUGCAGGUGAACAUGUCCAUAACAGGAGACUGUGACCCAGGACAGAUCGUCCCCGUAUGGCUUAAUAGCAGUUUACCUGAUGAACUGAUGGUUGUCCUGGACUUGCAGCUGCUUCCCAAAGUUACAAGAGAGAGCUUUGUUUUCCAGGUUCAAGUCAUGAUGCUGCUGUCAGACACUCGGGAAAUGGAGGAGCAGAUCCGGGACCUUCUGCUAAUGCCCUACAACAAUGGCUCCAUCUCCAUAGCGACUGAGAACGUAGAGAUAAGCCGCAUAUGUGAGUUCAGUACCAGACGAGGUGGACUCUGGGUGCCUACUUUCCCCGUCUCAACCUGUGCCGCCGUUUCAGUGGAAUACACGUGUGCGGCGGAGACCCAGCAGACCCUCAAAGGCCUGUUUACGUGGCCUGAAACUUCAGGGGGGAAAAAGGCGACCUGCGCGUGCCCGAAAAACCCCCAUCGCUCCGCCACCCGACACUGGUGCGACAAACUACGGAUCCAGACUUACUGGACGGAUCCUGACCUGGAGGACUGCUACCCAGUGGUGGAAACUAUCCUCGAUCUGGACCAUGUUGAAGUCACUGCUACUAAUGCAAAGGGCGUGUUGGGAAUGAUAAAAGAUUUACUUCGAAAUCAAUCCUCUCUCAUCCAAAAAGAGCUGGACACAAUACUCAACAAGCUAAAGGACAUCAUUUCCGUCAGCGUGGUCACACCAAGCUUGGGUCAAGCUCUGAUUGACGUCAUUUCAGACAUACUGAAAUCUGACAGCAACUUUGUGCCUUUUACUAAUGCGUACGUAUGGAAGGCAAAAAUCCUGAACAUUACAGAAGAAGUAGGGGACAGAAUUGUAGGAUAUGAAGGCUCCUACACACUGGCAGCUCCAGCAGUUGCCAUCUCAGUGGUGGAUGUACUGCCUGACCAGUUUACCAGCUUAAGUUUUGGAGUAACAUCGGAUCCCAGUGGCACAAAACCUGAGAUUUUCAUCAACAGCUACCCCUUCAACGGCACAGUGGCGUUCAUCUCUCUGCCAGCUGCUCUGCAGCACAGCUUCCCACAGCCAGGUCUGAACCACAGCCCACCCAGGGUGCAGUUUCAGUUCUUUGGAAUCCCACUACUCUUCAAGAGUAGUGACGGCGGACAGGUCCUCAACACCUUUGUGGUGUCCGCCAGCGUGACCAACAGCAGCCAGCCAAUCAAAGACCUGGCUGAAGACGUCGAAGUCAUGCUCCAGCAUCUGAAGACCAACAAACUUGACAAGAAAGUGCAGUGUGUGUACUGGAACUUCAACAAAAACAACGGACAAGGAGGCUGGGAUGGUAGCGGCUGCAGAGUAAACAGCACCAACUCCGACUACACAACCUGCCAGUGUGAUCAUCUCACACACUUUGGAGUUCUUCUGGACGUCUCCAGAACCCCGCUGGACCCGGCCAAUGAGCAGAUCCUGACCAUGAUAACCUACGUUGGUUGUGGAAUCUCAUCGUUGUUCCUGGGAAUCACCAUUCUCACUUACAUAGCUUUGGAAAAGCUCCGCAGAGACUACCCUGCAAAGAUCCUCAUUAACCUCUCCCUGGCCCUGCUGGGUUUGAACCUGGUGUUUCUGGUCAACUCCUGGCUGUCUUCGUGGGGUGUGGAUGGCCUCUGUGUGGCUGCAGCGGCCACCAUGCACUACUUCCUCCUGGCAUCAUUCACCUGGAUGGGACUAGAGGCUGUCAACAUGUAUUUUGCCCUCGUCAAAGUAUUCAACGUCUACGUGCCCUCGUACAUCCUCAAAUUCUGUGGUAUUGGAUGGGGGAUUCCUCUGGGGAUCUGCGUCCUGGUGCUCAUUGUGAACAGAGAAGCAUAUGGCAGUCACCUCUACGAGGAUGUUAAGUCCUCUUUACAACCACCAGAUAACUCAGACAACUUCUGCUGGAUCCAAGACGAUGUGACCUUUUAUGUGUCUGUGGUUGCCUACGCCGUGCUGAUCUUUCUCUUUAACAUUGGGGUUUUUGUGGUGGUUCUGAUUCAGAUUCGGCAAAUGCGAUUCAACAGUCCAGCAGGAACCCGCAGAGGGCUCUUGCAUGACUUAAAGGGAGUAGCCAGUCUUACCUUGUUACUCGGGCUAACAUGGACCCUUGGCCUUUUUACAAGUGGACCAGGAAGGAUGGUUCUGCUGUACUUGUUCUCUGGACUGAAUACCCUGCAAGGUCUUUUUAUCUUCCUCUUCCACUGUCUGAUGAAGGAGAAUGUCAGGAAACAGUGGAGGAUUCAUCUGUGCUUUGGACGCUUUCGACUCGAGGAGCAUUCAGAGUGGAGCAAUUCGGCAUCGGUUGGUGUACAGACCAAACCAAAGGAAAAGCUCCCCAGGGCAACAAUGCCAUCGGUCCGUUCGGUCAAGUCCAACUCCACAGAGAGCACAUCGGCUUCGUCUGACUCCAGCCAGAGAGACUCCUUCUUCAGGAGGCCAAACCUCGGUGAGAGAGCAGAAAUCAUCAAACCUGUCACUGAGCAUAAGCUGAUAAAAAAUGUCAUAAUUGAAUCAUGUCUAUUUGUCAAUAGCAUGGCUCUUCCUCGAGCUCAGAGGGACCACUCACAAACAGGAGGGCUGCCCCCUGUCAGGGGGUGA